AUGCCGCAAACGAGAUAUAAACGUCAGCUUGAGUACCGUCUCGAAGACAAUUCUUACACAACUUUGGGCAGCCGCAACAGAUCUGUUUCUUCUUGGAUGACAGCUUACAUCCUGACUCUCGGUACAAUCUCCACCAAUUUUAGUGUCAUGCGGGAAACCUGGUCCUGGCAAGCGGAUCUUCAAAGAGAGGAGAGUGCUGAUGGCUGUUUCGACUCGGUUGGGAAAGUGUAUGACGACCGGUUGAAGAAUACAAUCUCCGGGAAGGAAUCCAGAGUCCUGCUCACGGCCUAUAAGAUGAUAUCGGUGUGCAUCAGUGGCUGGGGGGGGCCACCGCACCUCGACCCCUUCAGAGCAAGAGACUGCCUCGUCCAGCAUUCCUCAAAAGACCCCUUCAUCCUUGCCAUCAAGGCCUAUGCUAUUUCCUGCGUUCAACUUCCAGAGGCAAAAAUGGUGCUGAAGGAACUGUUCCUCCAGGCAGUGGAGACCGAAAAAUACAUAUACUGGGACUUGCCAGAUGAUGUCACGGGAAGCAAUAUAGAAGAAAUACGGAUAGUAAGUUAUGCAGCACUUGCCAUUAUGCGCCGCCACUAUAGCACCUAUAAGAACGAACUAAACAAAAUGGCGAGGUGGUUGGUCGAGCAAAUGAACAGCCACGGUGGAUUCUACUCUGUAUUUGACACGAUGAUGGCCAUGCGGAGUCUGCUCUUCUUUGACACGCGGCCGAUAGAUCAUGACGUGAGCGUGGCAGUUAUGGCAACGAACGCGAAUGGCACUCUGCACUUCGACAAAGAGAAUCGGUUCAAGGUUCAAAGGGUUGAUUUCCCUGCUCUUCCCACCAAUGUGAGCUUCACUGUGGCGGGAGGCGGCUGCGCGAUCGUCCAGACUGCCGUCCAGUACACCGUGCGCGAACAUUACCAAAGCAACGCGUUCAGUCUAUCAGUCACGGGCCAAUGGAAUCCUAGCUUUGUCUGCAACAGGCCCCACCAUAUCUCCGUCUGCGUAGCCUCCACUCACCUCUCCAACAGGACGUCAAACCUUGUCGCUGUUGAGAUAACUCUCGUGUCCGGCUUCGUUCCCCAAGAGAAGGACCUCGAGGAGAUUGUACGUCCCUCCAUGAGCGUCUUCACCCAGUUCCGGUACGAAAAUAUGACCAAUAAGGUUAUUUUCUACGCCGACGGUCUCACAGCUAAGGAGACCUGCCUGGGAUUCAAGGUCCUUCGUGUGAUCGACUUCGAGAUAGCCAAACCAGGGGUCGUUGUGGUCUAUGAUUACUACCACCCGGAAGUCGCCUUAAGCAAGAGUUAUACGUUAUCUUCUACAGGCAAAUGUUCCAGUGUCCAGGAGGCAUUAAAUACGUACAGAAAUAAUGCCCCCAGCGAGGGAGGGGAACACACCCCCGCGGAUCCCUUCUCGGUCCGGACUGACGUGCCUUCCCAUGCUAAAAAGGGCGAGCUCCUUCCCUUUCGGAUAACCACUGAGAGUCAUCUCGAUCGGACUGUGUAUGUAACAAUAAUGCUCGACAACACGACACAAUACGAGAUCGUAGAAGACGCAAGCCAGACGGCCACGAAGGAGGCAGGAGAACGAAGCACCUGCUUAAAAGCGCGGGGCACGACCACAAGCGUCUUCAAAAUCAGGCCUCUGGUAGCCGAGGUCGUCAACGUUACCGUGGGCGUGAGUGUGCAACAACAGAGUAGCUUAUCCUGCGAAGGCGCGGAUCCAUAUGAAAGUGAAUACAUUUACGUUUCGUUAUUGAACGUCACGGUUGAGUCGGAAGGAUUUACACGAGAAAAGACUUGGGCAAAAUACGCCUGUGGGCCGGACAUACGUAGCGGACAAGACACCUUGCAAGAUUGGAGGGUAGAAGCCCCUCCUGAGGCUGUACAAGGUUCUGUAAAGGCUUGGCUCAGCGCUGCAAGCAACUUCAUGGCUGUAAUAGAACAGAACACAGAUCCCCUGCUACUCCACAACCGAGGAGACAUUGAGGGACUAAAAACAGCAGCAAAUCAGUACUUGUACAUAAACUUUAUUGGUUCUAUGCGAUACAGAAACGAAUCUUACGAAGCUGUUCUGUCAAACGUUAAAGAAGGGAAUCGACGCCAAUUACAGUAUCGUCUCGAAGAUGAUUCCUACGCUGUCUUCGGCAAGUGCAACAAAGAGAGUCCUUCUUGGAGAUGA